AUGCACGCUCUCUCUAUAAUUUAUAUACAUUGUUAUUAUUAUUAUUUUAAAAAUGUUACUUUGUCUGAUCUGCCCCCUCGUUGUGGAUAAAAUGUUCAGGCUUUGUCUUUUCAGCUGAAUUCACAGAUAGGUUAAGAUUGGGUUAACUGUGUGUGCAGCAAUUAAUGAAAGUACAUACCUGGCAAGCAGCUCCAUCCCAUCAAUACUUCAGCUGCUGCAGCACACGAGGGAGCUUCUGAUUAAAAAACAAAAAAUGACUAUAGCAAAUUCCUGUGUGAGCCAAAUGUUCUAGGAAGCCAGUGUGGUGUAGUCUCAGACCAGGACCUGGGAGAUCAGGGUUAAAAUCCCCACUCAGUCAUGAAGCUCACUGGGUGACCUUGGCCACCAGUCCCAUCCUCUUAACCUAUCAAGGUUAUUGUAGGGAUUGACUAAAGAGGGGAGGGGUGAACCAUGUACUCCUCGGAGAAAAAGGUGAGAUAUAAAUGCAAAAAAUAAGCUCUUCUGCUUACUUGCUUAAGUGCGUAGUGUGUGGGGCCUGCCAUAGUAUUGAAUCUUUUCCGCUUCCCUUGUGGAAUGAUCGCAAAAUGAUGUAAUGGCACACCGUAGGAGAUAACUGUUUCUGGCAGGCUUGUCUUUACCGCAUCAUGAUGUCACCUCGCAUUAAUGAUUUUAGAUGGAAUAGCAGACGUGCCCAGGAAGGCCUCAAGCCAGCGUUUGUUCUGGGCCUUCACUUUUCGCCCUGAGGUGGACUGAUUAAAAUGACACAGGCUAGGUGAUGGUGAAACUUGGAAGCCUUCUUCCUUACAUGAGAGUGGGAAAUCGCAUUUCACGGUAGAAAAUACUGGCAGCAUGGAGAGAGACUUGGUCAGAGAGCACACUUAAGUUAUGAGGCAAGACAUGGGGCAAGUGAGAGUUAAACCUGGCAGUGGGUGCCUGACCAUGAUUGGCUCACCACAGGAAGGAAGCAGUCAUGCAGCAAACUUCAAGUAGCACCUGGGGUACCAUGUUUGUUUGCCCUAAGGAGCUGUGGAGACCUUUGACUCUGCAGAAGUUACUGAGCUACACGUCCUAUCAGCUCUGGCAAGAUGACCAAUGGCCAGAGAUGGUGGGCGUUUUAGUUCAGCAAUACCUGGAGGACUAAAGGUACCUCAUACCUGACCUAAAGGUACUGUUGCUACCUCUAGCCUUUCCUGCCUGUAUCUGUGGCAAAUUAACUUGACCAAAAAAUCCAUAGCGCACACAGCUUGUGGUUUGGAACACCACUGUUCAGUCCAAAAAGGAGGACUUUGUAGUGUAAGCCCCAAAUCAUAUGGCUUGCAAUUGCCACUCAGGAUUUGUAUGGGAUUCCAUAUAGGGACUUGUUUGCUGCAACAAUGUGUGGCGCAUCUUAAUUCCUGCUGCCGAUAAUUAAGGAUGCGGUUCUGACCCCACUUAUCUCAGAGAAAGCCCCAAUGAAUUCAGUAGGUCUUACCUCUGAGUAGGGGUGCUUUGUAAUUCUAGGUAGAAUUGUAAAAAAUAUAAAUAUAUAGACUCAUUGGAGGAGAGAAAACAAAAAUUUUCCUGCUGAAACUAAAGAAGCUUAUAAGAUUAUCCCCUAGUACCAAGUAAUCUCCAGUUUGCAAGAAUUUUAUUCAUACCUGUCUACAUAAAUUCACCCACUGUGUUUUCAUUUUCUUUGCUCUUCCUACUAUUCAAAGGUCUCCAGUUAAAUAUCAAUUUAUGGGGUAUGAUGCUACUCACUUGCAGGUGCUUUGACCAUAGUCAAAUGUUUAAGUCUACUAAUUUCUGGUACUUUCUUAGUAGUUAGUCUGGAGCAUUGACCUGGAAAGAAUAAUCUUAUAUUUUCCUGUGUAUUACUCGUAACCAGUUUUUAAAAAAUUGACUUCAAAAGGGACGUAUUUCUUGCCUUAUUAGUGUUGGCUCUGUAUCUGUAGUGCUGGUUUAGGGCUUCGUUUUACUGUAUUACUUUCUCUUUCAGUUGUCAGGCGUAUAAAGUAACACCUGCACGAGGCUUUUCUGUUCUGAUAGAUGCUAUGUCAUCAGUGCAAAAAGGCCAUCGGCAUUACAGUUUAAUGCUGAGGCAGUGAUGUUUGCUUAAGAGGAUUGGUGUCCAGAAAUAAGCCUCAGUGUCUAAUCAGACACAGGCCCGGCCUGGGCACAAUGCCACAACAUUUAUUGCGUAUGCAUUUCUCAUAAGCAAAAUGGCUACGUCCUGAGGACCGGGAGCUCAGCCUGAAAGAUAUUAGGGAUAUAAGCUGGAGGUUUUAGCUCAGUCUGAAAAUGAUUUCUGCUCAUGUAAACUUAGUAAAAUUACAGAGUCUGUGUGGCUCUGAUACACUCUGAGCCAGAUGGGGAAUGUCUGUGGAUGUGUGAGGGCUGACAAAGAAGAACAGUGUUUGGAUCCAGCCAGAGCUCCCUUAAGUCCUGCAAAACAUUCCCCUGGAAGAAAUUACUUCAGGAGGAAAUCAAGAAGGAAACAAGCUGAAGAUGAGAGGGAGCCAGAGAAGAUUAAGGAAAACGAGGGGGGAAUUCAGUUCAAAGCAACUCAUCCCGGGGAGCUGGCAAUUCAUGAGUCCGUUAUACGGAAGGCUCUGCUGGACAGAACUGAUCUGAUUGUGAGUACCGAUGUUAACCCUGAUCUUGUUAAAGCAAAACUGGUGAGUGGGGCAAGCUGUGAUUCAAGCAGUGGGGAUGGUGCUUGUGCUAAAGGCAGAAGAGCUAGUAAGUCUGAAGAAAAAGAGAGGCUGUUAACUGAAGAUCUGGAAGAGUGUCCCAAAAAACACAAGGACAAGAAAUCUUCCCACAACGGGAUCCAAGGAGAAUUAACAUUCCAGAAAAACAGAGGAGUAAAUUUGGAAAAGGAAUCUGGCUCAAAUUGUGUGUUAAACAAGCAGUGUGAAGAAAAUGCACCAUCCAAGGCUCUUUCUGGAAUUGCUGAUGAUUCGCCCAAAUGGGAAAACGGUUACAAUCGGCAUCCGGCUAAACUUCAAAAUCAGACCCACCUGCAGCAAGGAUUUCCGAAUUCCGGGUCUCUGCCUCUUUCGGAGGAAAAUGAAGCUUAUAGCAUUUUACCAAACAGGAGCAAGAUUUCUGACAUCCAUGUUACUGGAGAGUCAGAGGACAUGUCUGCUAAAGAGAGAUUGCUCCUGUGGACACAGCAGACAACUGAGGGUUAUGCUGGUAUUCGUUGUGAAAAUUUCACUACCUGCUGGCGAGAUGGGAAAUUAUUUAAUGCCAUCAUUCAUAAAUACAGGCCGGACCUGAUAGACAUGAAUACCGUUGCUGUUCAAAGCAACCUUGCAAAUUUAGAGCAUGCUUUUUUUGUAGCAGAAAAACUUGGUGUUGCCAGACUUCUGGACCCCGAAGAUGUUGAUGUCUCCUCGCCUGAUGAGAAGUCAGUAAUCACUUAUGUGUCAUCACUUUAUGAUGCAUUUCCCAAAGUACCAGAAGGUGGUGAAGGCAUCAGUGCACAUGAUGUUGAAGUCAAGUGGGUUGAAUACCAGAAUAUGGUGAACUACCUCAUCCAGUGGAUCAGGCACCAUGCCACAAUGAUGACUGACAGAGCGUUUCCAAACAAUCCUGUGGAACUCAAGGCACUUUAUAACCAAUAUUUACAAUUUAAAGAAACAGAAAUUCCACCAAAGGAGAUAGAGAAAUCAAAAAUCAAACACCUAUAUAAAUUACUGGAGGUUUGGAUAGAAUUUGGGCGUAUCAAGCUUCCUCAAGGUUACCACCCAAAUGACAUAGAGAAAGAGUGGGGGAAGCUAAUUAUUGCUAUGUUGGAAAGAGAAAAAACACUUCGACCAGAAGUUGAGAGGUUAGAAAUGCUGCAGCAGAUUGCAAACAGAAUUCAGCGAGACAGCCUGGGCUGCGAAGACAAACUAAUGCUUGCUCGAAAUGCUGUGCAAUCAGAUGCAAAGCGAUUAGAAUCAGGUCUGCAGUUCCAGAAUGAAGCUGAGAUCGCAGGUUAUCUACUUGAAUGUGAGAAUCUACUGCGUCAACAAGUCUUGGAUGCCCAGAUUCUUAUUGAUGGAAAAUAUUAUCAGGCAGAUCAGCUGAUCCAGAGGGUUGCAAAACUGCGAGAUGACCUUAUGGCCUUAAGAGCAGAGUGCUCCUCAGUCUACAGCAAGGGGAGGACACUGACUACAGAACAGACCAAGAUGAUGAUAUCAGGAAUAACACAAAGCUUAAACUCAGGAUUUGCACCAAACUUCAGCCCUAGCUUAAACUCUGGACUGAGCCAGGGCUUGUCACCCUCCUUGACAUCAUCGAGUCUAACAUCAGGUUUAUCAUCGGGUUUUUCUUCAAGAAUGACUCCUGCCAUCACCCCAGCAUAUACCCCAGGUUUCCCACCACGGUUAAUUCAAAGCUACAUAACAGGAGUUGACACUGGUGCACUGCAAACGCUCAAAUUGAUGCAGAUCCGAAAACCUCUGAUGAAAUCGGCAUUUAUCGAUCAGAAUUUAACAGAGGAGGAAGUCAACAUGAAGUUUGUUCAGGAUCUUCUCAGAUGGGUAGAUGAAAUGCAGGUGCAACUUGAUCGAGCUGAAUGGGGUUCGGAUUUGCCAAGCGUCGAAAGCCAUUUAGAAAAUCACAAGAAUGUCCACAAAGCUAUUGAAGAAUUUGAGUCAAGCCUUAAAGAAGCAAAAAUCAGUGAGAUCCAGAUGACUGCUCCCCUUAAACUCAGCUAUGCAGACAAAUUGCACAAACUGGAGAGCCAAUAUGCAAAACUCUUGAACACCUCAAGAAAUCAGGAAAGACACAUCGAUACCCUUCACAAUUUUGUAUCUCGUGCUACCAGAGAACUCAUAUGGCUGAAUGAGAAAGAAGAGGAGGAGGUUGCAUAUGACUGGAGUGAAAGAAAUACAAAUAUAGCACGGAAAAAAGACUACCAUGCAGAACUGAUGAGAGAACUUGAUCAGAAGGAAGAAAUUAUCAAAUCUGUUCAGGAAAUAGCAGAACAAUUGCUAUUUGAAAACCACCCUGCAAGGCUAACUAUUGAGGCCUACCGAGCUGCAAUGCAAACACAGUGGAGCUGGAUUUUGCAGCUUUGCCAAUGUGUUGAACAGCAUCUGAGAGAAAACACUGCAUAUUUUGAGUUUUUCAAUGACGCCAAAGAGGCCAUAGAUUACUUGAAGAAUUUAAGAGAUGCUGUUCAUCGAAAAUACAGCUGUGAUAGGUCCAGCAGUAUUCAUAAACUGGAAGAUCUGAUCCAAGAGUCGAUGGAAGAGAAAGAACAGCUCCUGCAGUACAAGAACACAGUGGCUGGCCUUGUGGGGAGAGCAAAGACAAUAGUUCAGCUGAAGCCAAGGAAUCCAGAUAAUCCACUGAAAACAUCCAUCCCAAUCAAAGCCAUCUGUGACUAUAGACAAAUUGAGAUAACCAUUUACAGAGAUGAUGAAUGUGUACUGGCAAGCAACUCCCAUCGGGCAAAAUGGAAAGUGAUUAGUCCAAGCGGUAAUGAGGCCAUGGUUCCCUCCGUCUGUUUUACUGUUCCUCCGCCCAACAAAGAAGCAAUAGACACUGCAAACAGAAUUGAACAGCAAUAUCAGAAUGUCCUGGCCCUGUGGCAUGAAUCACAUGUAAACAUGAAGAGCGUGGUCUCCUGGCACUAUUUGACAAAUGAAAUUGAAACUGUCCGAGCCAGUAAUGUUGCUUCGAUAAAGACACUCUUGCCAGGUGAACACCAGCAGGUUUUAAGCAACUUGCAGUCCCGCUUUGAUGACUUCCUUGAAGACAGCCAGGAGUCCAAAGCCUUUUCAGUUGCUGACAUUGCUCAGCUGGAAAGGGAGGUGAAUGUGUGCAAGCAGUACUACCAAGAGCUCCUCAAGUCUGCAGAGAGAGAGGAGCAUGAAGAAUCCAUUUACAACCUAUACAUCUCAGAAGUUCGAAACAUGAGACUUCGUUUGGAGAAUUGCGAAGAUCGUUUGAUUAGGCAGAUUCGAACCCCACUGGAGAGAGAUGACUUACAUGAAAGUGUAUUUCGGAUCUCUGAACAAGAGAAGCUGAAGAAGGAUCUGGAUCGACUCAAGGAGGACUUGGAAACAAUCACAGACAAAUGCGAUGAUUUUUUCAGUCAAGCUGCUGGUUCGCCUUCAGUUCCUACUCUGCGGUCGGAGCUUAACCUAGUAAUUCAAAAUAUGAAUCAGGUUUACUCCAUGUCUUCCAUUUACAUAGAAAAGUUAAAAACUAUAAAUUUGGUGCUGAAAAACACUCAAGGAGCUGAAGCACUGGUAAAACUCUAUGAGACUAAACUAUGUGAGGAAGAACCAUUAACUGCCGACAAGAGCAAUAUUGAGAACCUUAUGGCUACGUUAAAGCAAUGGAGAUCAGAGGUUGAUGUAAAAAGAGAAGUAUUCCAUGCUCUAGAAGACGAACUCCAGAAAGCCAAAGCAAUUAGUGAUCAGAUGUUUAAAACACACAAGGAACGUGAUCUCGACUUCGACUGGCACAAAGAGAAAGCAGAUCAGCUGACCGAGAGGUGGCAGAACGUUCAUUCUCAGAUUGAGAACAGGUUGCGUGACUUAGAAGCUAUCAAUAAAUCCCUAAAGUACUACAGGGAUACAUAUGGCGCACUGGAUAACUGGAUCAAGCAAGUUGAAGAAACUCAGCAGAGGUUCCAGGAAAACCCACCUCAAAACAGUAAAGCUCUGGCCAAACAGCUAAACCAGCAAAAGAUGCUAGUGUCGGAAAUAGAGACGAAACAAAACAAGCUAGACGAAUGCCAGAAGCACUCUGAGCAGUAUUCAGCUGCAGUAAAGGACUACGAGUUGCAAACAAUGACAUACAGAGCCAUGGUUGACUCCCAGCAAAAAUCUCCAGUGAAACGCCGAAGAAUGCAGAGCUCCUCUGAUUUCAUUAUCCAAGAGUUUAUGGACUUACGAACACGCUACACAGCUUUGGUGACCUUGAUGACUCAGUAUAUAAAGUUUGCUGGUGACUCUCUCAAAAGGCUGGAAGAGGAAGAGAUCCUGAAAAAUAAGGAGGCAAUGGUACGUGGUGAAUAUUCUGAACUGGAGGAGCAGCAGAAAGAAGUAAUGAGUGAGAACAGGAAACUUAUGGAGAGGAUAAAUGAGCUUGAGGAGAUGUUGGACGAGUUGAGGAAAGAGAAGUUCCAAUUGGAAGCAGAACUUCCAAAAGCAAAGGCAGAUGCAGAGAAAGAAAUUAAGAAACAGCUGACAAAAAUGGAGGAGAUUUCUCUCCAGAAAGCCAAGGCUGAGCAAGAGGCAAAGCGCUAUCGCAUGGAACUAGAGGAUGCUCUUAAAGAGAAAGAAGAUGCAGAGCAGGAAUUGGAGCAUGUGAAGCAGCUCGCUUUGAAGAAUGAGGCUCAGAGAAGUAUGGUUGAAGAGAAGUUCAGAGCUUUCAGGAUGCAGCUAGAGGAAACUGCUGUAGCUAGAGAUGCUCUUGAAGAUAAGUUAAGAAGGAAAGACACCAAUCUUCAAGAUUUAGAGCAGCAAAAGAAAGCACUGAUGGAGGAGUUGAGGAAGAAGACUGCUGAAGAAGAGAAGCUUGUGAAACUCAUUAAGGAAAUGGAACAAGACAUCGAGUUCCAAGGUAGUCUAGUGAAAAGCAAGUGCAGAGAAAAGGAAAUAACCGAAGUCAGAAGGCAAAUUACUAUAAUAGGACAAGAAACUCUGUUGCCAACAGGUUCAGACAUUUUCAGAGAAAAGCAAGAAGUAAAUAAUAUAGAGGAAUUCCAGCAACUGGUGCAUGAGCUAACAUUUGCCAACAAAAAGUCCGAGAAAACCAUCAAAGACCUAAAAUACGAACUGUGUGAACUUGAACUGCAGAAUGCGUCUGCUGAAGAAAAGGCUCGCUUACUAAAAGAAAAACUGGAUGAUGCCAAUAAUUCUCUCAGGCGCCUUAAAAUAGAGCUGGAUCAAAAAGAGCUGGUCGAGCAAGGAUACUUGGAGCAGCUGAAGGAGCUUGACAGGCAGCUUCAGAAAACCACAGGCAAAGCUGAAGAGGUAAUGCAAGAAGCCAUGGACCUGAAGAAAAUAAAUACGAAGUAUCAAGAAGAGCUGAGGUCACUUCAAAAGGAAAAGGCACUGUUAAAGAAGGAGCUGGAGGAGUUGGCUAGGACACACACACACACUGGAAUUACUAUUCAGCAAUUGCAUUCCCAAAUCACUUCUCUUCAGCAAGAAAAAAUGGCAGCUGAACAGAGAACUGUUUCAUUCAGAGGGGAAGCAACCAACCUACAAGAACAGUUCAAAAAAAUGCAGGAACAAUUCCUUCAAAAGACAAGAGAAGAAAAAGAAAACCAGCUGAAGAUUCAAAGACUGAAAGAUGAUUUAGCAGAUAGCAAUCACUUAGUGGAAAAGUUAAAACAGAAGGUUGAGGAGCUUUCUAGAUGGAACAGCGAGACCAAAAUAAUGAUGACUGAAGUCCGGACCGAUUCAGAGAAGAUAAUUCUUGAAAGGCAAAUUAUUGACAGAAAAAAUGAUGAAUUAAAAGCCCUCGCUGAAGGUUUCAAAGAGCAACUACGUAUCACAAAUGAACAAUUGCACAAACAGAUAAUACUUGAGCAGGAGCACUUGGAUCACAUCAAGAGAUUAGAAGAUGAGCUAAUAAAAGCAAAAGAAUUAGCUGGUGAAUUUAAGCAGAAAUGUGACAGGGACAAUGCUUAUAACAUGAAUGCAGAGAUGGAAAUAAGAAACCUACGUACCCAGAUGAGCACAUUCACCAUGGAAAUGAAGAUGAAUGAGCAGAAGAUCCAGCAGCAGCAGUCCCAUAUUCAUGAGCUCAAUGGCAAGAUGAAGAAGCUGCAAGAUGACUUGCAUCAGAAGACCUUGGAGGAACAAAUGGCACGCCAAAAUAUGGCUUUACUUCAGGAGGAAUCAAUUGCAUUUAAGCAUUCUGCGGAAGAGUUUAGGAAGAAAUUUGAAAAACUCUUGGAAACUCACAACAUAGCGGAAAAUGACAUAUCUGGUAUCAGGAUGGAAUGCAUCACCCUGCAGCAAGAAAACCACAUGGCUCAAGACAACAUUAGAAUGUAUAAGCUUCAAAUUGAAGACCUGCAAGACAGACUUCAGAAGUCCCGUGAGCAGCUUCAGCAAGGCAAGCAUGCAGAAAUGGAGUAUGUGCAGAAAUACCGCAAAAUGGAAGAAGAGUUGCAAAUGCAGAGGCGGACAGUAGAGAACUUGAAGCACCAAAUAGACCUGCAGAAAAGAGAUCACGGCAAUCAGCUGCGUUGGUUUCAGAAUGAGAUCAACAAAAGGAACAUCCAGUUAGACUUUGGGUGGAAGGGAAAUGGGUUUAGUUACUUGGGAGACACCUCCCCAAGAGAUUUUGAACAUAUUAACAUCUGUACGACCACAUCUCCUUUAUUAAGAAGGAGACACCUAAGUAGCUCAAGUUGCAAAUCUGAACCGCUGGUUGCACAGAAGUUGCAAGCAGUUGCCACUGAUUCAUUGCAACGAGAGAAGCCAUUCCAGUUGUCUGGAGUAACCCCCCACCUGGAAAAUGGAAUAAGUCAACAAUCCUAUGCCGAGUAUGUUUCCCAGACAAGCACAGAGUUUGAGAUAACGGUUGAUAAGAGCAGACCUAUCACAAGAAUUUCAGAAAUAGAUAAAUUGAGAGACGGCAAACUCCUCAGUUCCAGGCAUGAAGAGAGUUAUGAAGUGGGCUUAGGGAAGCGCCUGCAUCCAUUGGAGAAGUCAGUGGAAGAGGAGAAGAAAGAACAUGUUGAAAAAGCUGGGGACUUACUGAAAUGGGUUUCAAACAUCACCAAGACCUUCGGCAAAGGCGGAGGAGAAAAGUCUGAAAAAGCAGAUUCUCCUAAGAAACAGAUAUCCUCCGACGAACUGUUAACCAAGAAAGAACAGAUAUCAGAAGCUUUGCAAACAACACAGACGUUUUUAGCAAAACACGGCGAUAAAAUGACAGAUGAAGAGAAAAAUGAAAUGGAAAAUCAUGUGAGGUCCCUGCAAGAAGGUUAUAAACUGUUGUCCAAUGAAGAUUUGAAGCAGUUACAGCAGGAGCAAGAUGCAGAUAAUGAAAACGUGGAUGAAAAGGAGGAUAAAGUCAUAGCUGGCAUUAUUGAUCAAACAACUGGAGAGAUAUUUUCAGUCUUACAGUCAAUUUAUAAAGGUCUUAUUGACUAUGACACUGGAAUUCAGUUACUUCAGAGCCAGCUCAUUUUAUCAGAUAUUAUUUCACCAGCCUUGGGAAGAGGUUUUGACCUUGAAGAAGCCAAAGCCCAUGAACUUGUCGAUGACGAAGCUGCAUUGCAACUACAAGGUUUACAGAAUGCUAAGAUGAUCAUUUCAGAAUUGGAGUCAGCAGCACUCCCAGUUGUAGCUGCUUUGGAACAGGGUUUACUUUCAGAACCUCUUGCUAUUAAAAUUCUUGAGAUUCAGCUUUCCAGAGGACACCUAAUGAUACCAGCCACAGGAGAACAGCUGACUUUGCACACAGCUUUUCAGAAGAAUCUGAUCUCUGCAGCAUUAUAUACUAAACUCCUGGAAAGACGUGACAUGAGCAAAGACCUUAUUGACCCCAACACUGCAGAGAAGAUAACCCUUGAGGAAUUGCUUGAAAGAACUGUAGUACAUAGAGAAACAGGCUUGAGGCUCUUACCUGUGACCUCUCAAGAAAGAGGCAAAAUAACACUAAAAUGUGGAAGGAAGAUAACUAUUUUGAGAGCGGCUCAUGAAGGACUCGUAGAGAGGGAGACCAUGUUCCGGCUCUUGGGUGCCCAGCUGCUUUCUGGCGGCAUAAUUCAUCCUGAUACAGGACACAGAAUGACUGUUGAAGAAGCAAUGAGAGAAGGGGUUAUUGACCAGGAUGCGGUUUGUGCUAUUUUGACUCAUCAGCUUCGGACAGGUGGGAUCCUGUGUCAAAAUUCAUCAAAACGUUUGUCUGUAGAUGAAGCUGUGCAGUGCAACAUGAUCUCUUCUAGUAGUGCCUUGCUGGUACUGCAGGCACAACGAGGCUUCAUUGGACUCAUCUGGCCACAUAGUGGGGAAAUAUUUCCUGUAUCUACAUCUUUGCAUCAAGGCAUGAUCACGAAUGAGCAGGCCUGCAAAAUUCUAAAGGGGCGGCAAAAAAUAGCAGCACUCUAUAUUCCAGAAACUUGUGAAGUGAUCAGCCUGGAUGAUGCAGCCCAGCAGGGAGUCAUAGAAAGCAGCACUUCAUCAGUUUUGAAUAGCGUUACCCUACCUGAUGAAAUGCCUAAUGUGGACGAUAUACCAUUGCCUUUGAAAAAAGCUGCAAGAUGGCUCUCGUCUUGUGAACUCCAGGCAUCCAACCAACAUGCUGAUGGAAAGGAUGGAAACACUUCUGACACCAGUGAGCCCAUACCUUGCCACUCAGAGCAAACUCAAAAGCUAUUCAUGUCUUACCUAAUGAUAAAUAGUUGUAUGGAUGCGAACACUGGUCAGAGGCUUUUGUUGCAUUGUGGUGACUUAAAUGAAACAGUCAGCCUGUUAAUGGAUGGCAGUCGUUCUGAAAAUAAUACAAAUGAGACUGAAGGGCAACUGCGUUUAAACACAAAAGCGCAGCAUCUUGAGCAACAGCCCAAAGGGGCAAUGUUUAGUGAUAUCCCUGGCAGUGUUUCAGAACAAGAGACAAGUAUUCAAAAUACGCCCAGCAGCAAUAAGAGGAAGGCAUUUUGUAAAGAUCACCAAAAUGACAUAGUCUCAGGGGAAAAUGGUAUUCAUAUUGUGGCUGGUGCUUCAGAGCAGUCAGAAUGUGUCAUGAAUAGAUCUGGAAAGGAAAUCAAUCCAGGUCAAAAUACUGAAAAAGAAAAUGCACUUGGAAGUUUACGGAAACUUCCAGAACAAAUGCCAGUAGAGGUGUAUGAAAAUUUAACUGACCAAGAAAAUGCUGAAAAUGCUGAAAUGAAAGCAUCUCUUUCAAACUGUUCACAAGGACACCUUCCUCCAAUAGUAAAUGAAGAUAAUAUUUGUAUAGUGGAGGGGGAGAACAUUAAGGGGAGUGAAAACGACUCCCCAGGCAUCUUCAAUAAUGUUUUGGAUGUAAAUUAUUCUUCAGCUAUUAAGAAAGAUGAGAAAGCUCAAGCAUGCACUAACGUUUCACAUCUCAUGGACAACAGCCUGCAAAAAUGCACACCUCAGGUUUUGCAGAUUGAAGAAGGCAUUAUGCUAAUGAAGAACAAUGAGGUGAAAGAUGAGGUAAAAGAUGACUUUCAGAAUAGUUUAUACACUAGUAUAGAACCUGACCAAAAAUGUUUAAAUGAAUGCACUAAGAAAGAAUUAGAGACCUGUAAUGAGAGUGGGAUAUUGCAAGCGGAAUCGAACGUCACCCCAGUAUUGUAUAACGAUGAUAGGAAUGGCAAGUUGCCAUUAGAAGACCACUCCAUAAUGCAUGCUGCGUGUCUUCAUAUGAAUGAUAGGCCACCACGAGAAGACGUUACAAAUAGCUCUGCCAGUCCACAAUUGGAAGACCAUGCUAAUAAAUUUGCUGGCUGUCUAUUGGAAAACUACAUCAGCAUGCAAGGUGCAUUACCAUCGGAAACUAGAGUGCAUACACAUGGCAGCCAGUUACUGGAAGAUUGCACCAAUAACUAUAGCAUGUCAGUCCUAGAAAAUACUUCUAAUGGUGAUUCACUCCUGGAAGACGGCAUAAAUUUGAUCCAUGGAUUAUUACAGGAAGAACAGACUGAAAGUGGGCAGUCUGUAGAAAAUCAGAUGAAUAUCAGUGAUGGAGAACAACCCAUAAAUAAGGCUAAUAUAUGUAGUGUAUCUUUGCUUGAUGACAAUACCAAUUCUGAUGGCAUUGCACUGUUGGAAUAUCAUACUGAAGAUAAAUACAUUGGACCAAUUCAGAGAAAUGGUGCUAUUACUAAUGCUGGAUGUCCACUUAAGGAUUCCACUGAUACAAAUGCUGGCCUCCCCGUAGAAGUCACUACUGACACUCUUGAUGGAUCAUCCAUUAAAAUCAAUAGUGAUAGUGAGUCCACAUCACCUCUGGAAGUCAGUGCUAGUAUGAAACAUAAUGAAGCACCUGCGAAUGACAGCAAGUCAACAUUUGAAUGUGGCUCGCUAGUUCUGGAAGGCAAUAACAUCAAGCAGUCUGAGCUGUUGCCGAAAAGAGAACAUAGUACUCCACAGUCAGAAGAUCCUUGUGAUCCAACUCAACAUAAAGAUCGCAGCGAAGCCUGUGAUGCUCCACAAAUCGAUCAUAACAAUGGUACAGUUUAUAACUCAGACAGAAUAAACAAGGGUGACUCCUCUGUUGUUAAAGAAGAUGCUGCUCCAGAGCUCGUCCACAGUGCAUUAGCCAUCAAUGGAGUAGGAGAAUCUUCCAUGGGCAACCUGAGUAAGGAAGAAAAAUGCAUUCUGUGCUUUAGUGAAACAAGUGACUCUGAUACAUUUGAAAUUAUAAAUAUGGCAGCAUUCAAUGCAAGGCUACUAGGCACAAUUCUAGAAGACAAGGCAGAAAGCAGUGGAGAUAUAGAAAAUAAUGGUCAGAAAAAAGAAAGGGAAGAAAGUAAAGAGAUUGACAGCUCCCUGGAAAAGUUGGAUGAAGCUAAAAUGCAAAGAGGUGAGCACAAGGGCAUUAAAACGAAAGAAGACGACUCUGAGAGUGAACAUGGAAGCAUAUGUAUGGAUAAUGACAGUGAUGAUGAUGGCAGUGGCAGUAGUGAUGAUAAUGGCAGUAGCGAUAAUGGUGACAAUGACAGUGGGGAUGAUUUUGAAGGUUAUGAUUAUGUGGAUUUUGAUUAUGAUACUUACGAUGAGACAGAUUAUGAAGAUGAAGAGGUAUUGGAAAUGCAUUACUCUCAGUGCCAUGAUAAAAACAUUGGGGUCCAGGUGUCUGCACUUUCGGAGGGAACAGGAAACAAUGGUUUACUGUGCCCUGAAAGCUACAGUGCUGGUGAAUAUCAAAAUUUAGCUGAUGUUGUUAAAGAAAACAUUCAGGACCUACCAUGUAAAAGUAAAGAGGGAAGCCAGCAAGAAACAGAACAGGCUUCUGACCCUUUCAUGCAAGACAACCUUGCAUUACAGAACAGUCAACCCUCCCAAUUAAGCAUAAGCAAUGGUGCAACAUCAGAAGACGUAAUUGGAACAGAAAAUAUUAGUGCCAGAUUUGAUAUACCUGCUCAAAGAAACUUACAUGCUAAAAUUCUUGAUGAUAUAUCAAUGCCGUGUUUGAAUUGUGAGAAAAGACAAGAAGUAGAUAAUGAAAAACAAGCAUCUACCAGUAUGCCACAUAGUCAAGUAGAAAUUGGUGCUCUGAAACAAAAUAAAAAUGGAGUGUGCAUUCUGAAGGAAGAUCAUAUCCAGGAAUCAAGUGGAAGCCUUGGGGAGCCGUAUUCAUCAGUUAUUAAAAAUGGUUAUGAAAUUACUGCCUCACAUGAUGAAAAGAUAAGUAUUGAUCAGACUUCAAACAAGCCCACAUUGGUUACAGAUUCCAGUGACAUUGCUAAAGAUGAAUCAGUGCACUAUGUAGAGGGGUUUGACCUCUCUACUUAUUUAAAGCAAAGUGCGAAAGAUAUAAUGGCCAAGGGUAUCUUAGCAAUGAGAGAGAAUGGUUCGUCUUACCUAAAGGAAGGUGAAAGAGACGGUGAAGAGAAUAGAGAGGAGCUAGUGGUAUCAGGAAGUGGAAACUGCGAGGGAAAACAGCACCUAAAAGAAUUGCACCCCAAACAACAGCUGCUUCCUGCAUCAGUUGUAUCAGAACCUACAAGAGAUAAAGUUGGUAAAGAGGCUAGUGCUCAUUCCAAGGUGUGUCAUGAUGAAAGCUACAAAUGUGACUUCAACAAUAUGGAGCAUGUUGAAGCUAUUGGAAAAGUAGGGAGCAAGGCUGAUGAAACAAGUUCUGGAGAAGAUACACAAGUAAUUGGAUCUUCUUCUAGUACUUUAGACCCCAGAGAUGAUAGCCAGAAUAGCUCUGAGCAGAAAGCACAUGAAGCAGUGGUCACUCAGAACAGUAGUGUGGGGAAGCCUAUGGAAGGUGACAUUCUAGACCAUGAACCUACUUUCUCUCAAAAUGGCAUCCAGAUAAAAAUGCAACCAUCACUAAAAGAUGUGAUGCUUUCUAAUUCUGCCCCAGUCAAUGAUCAGGAAGUUGUUUUUUCCGAAGUGCCUCCUACAUUACCUGAAAGCUUAACAAAAAUACUUAAAGGAAAAAUUAAAGAUGUUUACUGCAAGCAGGAAGAGGAACCUUUAAGUUAUAUCGGCACAAAAGCUUUAAUGCAAAAUUUACUUAAAAUGGUUGAUAGCACACAGUGGGAAAAUGAGGACCCUACCAAAUCUGCUGUCCAACAUACAAGUGAGGAUACUAGAAGUGUCUCAAUGGCUGCUUCGUUGUGCAUACAUGCAAACGAACCUAAUUCUACCCCAUCUAUUUGGCUUGAUAAUAGAAGUCCUGACCUCCUCCUCGAUAUACUGAAACAAAGAAAUGAGAGCACCCAUGAGACAAUGGACAUGAAGGCCCAGACAGAAAGAGAGCAGGAGAAAAACGCUUCUCAGCAUGACCAUGCCUUUCCCAUCUCAAGAGAAACUACAAGUUCAUCAGGAUUAAAAGCAGAAACUGCUGGAGAGAGUUCUGAAGCAUGCAAUAAAGCUCUUGGUUUGAAAGAAUACCCUCAGCCUGAGAAGCCAUACCAGCAACCAAAAAGCUUCUCUGAAACCUUGGAAACAGAGGAAUCUGGACCAAGACCUGAUUCAAAGAGCAUGCAGCAAUGUUCUUGGUACUCAGAGAAUCUGAGGAGACAUUUGACAGUGGUUCAAGAUAUGAAAUUUCUCUUGGAUGAUCUGCAGCCCAUCAGUAAUGACCUGGAAGACCUAAAAAUACAACUUGAACAGUUAGAGUCAUUUGAAUCAGGGCUUGCUGGCUUUGCUGUUACUCUGCGAAAAGAUAUGAAGUUAGCAGAAGAGUUUCUAAAAUUUCAGCACAAGGAUGUUCCCAGAGCACAGCUUGUGGAUCUAAAAGAAAGUUAUGAAUGUUUGGAGAAGGAUUUCCUUGGGGUCUGCGAAAUGUCUUCAAAUCGAGCAAAGCAAAUAGUCUUGGCAGUAGACUCUGAAAUGGCUAAACUUUCGGUGCUUCAUCAGAAACAUCUAGUCAAGCUUCAGGAGUUUACAGGUUGGAUUGAGGAGAAGAGUGAAAUAAUGAAUAAUCUCAAAGUGGAAACAUGUGAUGUAGAAGAUGUGAAGCAAAGGUUUCAGUUACUCAAGGACCUGGAAAAAGAGUUUGAAAGUACAAAAAUGCAGUUGGAAUCCACAGCACUUGAUAUUCAGUUCUUUAUUUCUGAGCAUGCCCAAGAUCUUUCCCCAAACCAGAGCAAGCAGCUCUUGAGGCUCUUGAAUACCACACAGAAGCGCUUCCAGGAAAUGCAAGAGACAAUAAGAUCCCAAGUCGACCAUUUUGAAACUCUCUUACAGACACAACAAGUUCUUGUUGACCAGAAGGACUUGGCAGACCAGCACCAGGAUUUCACAGAAAAAUUACAGGAUAUAUGCGACCUUCUCACACAGACGGAAAACCAGCUUAUCGGCCACAAAGAAGCACUUGCUAUUGAAGAUACCAAGGCAGAGUUGCAGCAAUACCAGAUCAAACAAGAGGAGCUACAAAAAGAUAUGCAAGCAAAUACACAGGCACUGGCAGAAAUUGUGAAAAAUACGGAGAUGUUUUUGAAAGAAAAUGGAGAAAAGCUGCGGCAAGAAGACAAGACUGCUCUUGAAAAGAAGCUUAAUGAAGCCAAGACCAAGUGUUUGCUGCUUAGCCAGAAGGCAGAGGAGUCCAGGAAACAGCUGGAUAAAGCCGUGACAACAGCUAUUAAGCAGGAAACAGAAAAGGUUGCAGCUAGAGAACAGCUAGAGGAGAGUAAGAGCACAAUAGAGAAUCUUCUGGACUGGUUGUCAAAUGUCGACAAGGAUGCUGAACAUGGGGGCAAGAAAGGCAAGCCGGCAAUUAAACAGAAUGGCACCCAUUUCCAAGAAGGAGAGGUGGAAGGGUUGGCUGGAGAAGACGAUGAAGUCAAUGGCAACUUGAUGGAAAUCCAACAGCAGAAUGAAACUCAUGUGGAUGGACAACUGAAGCCCCCAGAAGAUAAUCUCAACAUGCAAUAUCAGAAAGCCAAGGCUCAGCAUGAGAAAAUUAUUUCCCAGCAGCAAGCUGUCAUAAUAGCUACGCAGUCAACCCAAGCCCUGCUUGAAAAGCAAGGACACCAUCUUUCUCCAGAGGAAAAGGAGAAGAUUCAAAGGAAUAUGAAGGAGCUGAAGGUGCAGUAUGAAACUGCCUUAGCGGAGUCGGAGCAGAAGCUGAAGUUGACUCGCUCUUUGCAGGAGGAGCUUGAGAAGUUUGAUGCGGACUAUGGCGAGUUUGAAAGCUGGCUGCAGCAGGGAGAGCAAGAACUUGAUAACCUGGAGACUGGUGCAUCUGACUUUAAUGGGAUCAUCAUCAAACUGAAAAGACAGAAGAGUUUUUCGGAAGAUGUCAUUUCUCACAAAGGGGACCUGCGGUACAUCACCAUUUCUGGACAGAGAGUAUUGGAUGCUGCUAAAUCGUGUAAUAAAAGGGAAGGUGUCAAAUAUGACAAGGAAGGUAUUGAUACUUCUUCAACUUACAUUGAGGUGCAGAAUAAGCUGGAUAGUGCAACUGGUCGCUUCAAAUCUCUCUACUCUAAGUGCAGUAUCCUUGGAAAUAACCUCAAAGAUCUGGUAGAUAAAUACCAGAAUUAUGAGGACACCUCAUCUGGGCUUCUGACAGGACUUCAGGCCUCUGAAGAAGCUGUGAAUAAACAGUUGUCUGAGGCAGUUGCUGUAGAUCCAAAAAAUCUCCAGAGACAACUGGAAGAAACCAAGGUGCUUCAGGGGCAGGUGUCCGGUCACCAGGUUGCUGUAGAGAAACUGAAAAAAGCUGCCGAAGUGCUUUUUGACACCAGGGGAGAAUUACUGCCAGACAAAGAUGAAAUCCAGAAUACCCUGGAUACUAUUGUGGAUAAGUAUAACCACUUAUCCAAAGCAGUGAAUGACCGGAAUGAGAAACUUCAGAUCACUCUGACACGUUCAUUAAGCGUCCAGGAUGGAUUGGAUGAAAUGCUUGAUUGGAUGAAUGGUGUUGAGAAGAGUCUUGAGGAGCAAGGUCAAGUGCCUUUGAAUUCUUCUGUAAUUCAGGAUGUCAUUAGUAAAAGUAUGGCUCUAGAACAAGAUAUUGUGGGUCGGCAAAGUAGCCUAAAUGCCAUGAAAGAAAAGUUGAACAAAUUCAUGGAAACAACAGACCCAUCCACUGCAUCCUCUUUACAAGCUAAAAUGGACGAACUUUCUCAGCGGUUUUGUGAAGCAAAUAAUAAACACAGGAAAAAACUUGAAAAGUUGGAUGGAUUGAAGACCAGAGUGGAGCUGUUUGAGUGCCUCACUGAUAAACUCCAGUCAUUCUUGGACAAGAAAACUCAGGCUCUCAGCGAGGCUGACAUCCCAGGAAAAGAUGUUACUGAGAUGUCCUUAUAUGUGCAGGAAACCAACACUGAACUGAUGGAGCAGAAAAAAGAUCUUGAAAAUUUGCAACACCUCAUUGAAGAACUUUCUCCUCAUGCUCUUCCUGGAGACAGGUCAUUAGUGUUAGAAAAAGUGAAUGCCUUGUCAAAGAAAUUCAAGGAAAUGGAAGAGACAGUACGAGAAAAAGAAGAAGAUGUGUCCUCUUGCCAAAAGCAGAUGGAUGAGUUCAAUCUUCAUGUAGAAUCUUUGAAGAAAUGGGUAGAUGAGAUGACGGAAAGAAUUCCAGCUAUCCAGCCCUCUUUGAAUGUGGAGAAUUUAAACAAACAUUUGCAAAACACCAAGCAUUUGGAGGAGGAAUGGCGUUCGAAGGCACCUGACAUUCAGAAAAUGAUUAGCAGAGGAACAGCAUUAUGCAACCUAAUUAGUGCUGUGACUUCCCCUGCAAGGUCAAGGGGAGUAAAAUCAGCUGUAAGCGGAACAGUAUUAAAUGGUGAAGGAGCAGCUACAGGUACCCAGGGAUUCCUAACAAACAAAGAAGUGACCACUGUCCAACACAACAUGUCAACUGUAAGCCAUAGUUAUGAUGAUUUGGGAGCAGUACUGAAGGAAAAAAGAUCAGAACUGGAAUCCACUCUUUCAAAUAUGCAAAACAUUCAAAGAGAAUCAAAUUCAAUGAUGGAAUGGUUACAGAAUAUGGACACUGCUGCAGCCAAAUGGGAAGCAACUCUUAUUGAUAGUGAGGCUGUUAAAGAGCAAGUCGAUCAACACAAGCUAUUUGAAACAGAAUUGAAACAGAAUGAGAAUAAAGUGCAAGAACUGAAGGACAGAGUGACAGAGCUAUUGGAGAAGAACCCAGACUCUCCUGAGGCACCGAAAUGGAAACAGAUGUUGGAUAAAAUAGAUUCCAAAUGGAGGGAACUCAGCCAGGUAACAUCUGACAGACAGAAAAAACUGGAAGAGUCAUCAAAUUACUUGACCCAGUUCCAGGCAACUGAGGCUCAGUUAAAACAGUGGCUGGUGGAAAAAGAAUUAAUGGUCAGUGUGCUUGGACCACUGUCAAUUGACCCAAAUAUGUUGAACACGCAGAAGCAGCAAGUUCAGAUUCUGCUCAAUGAGUUUGACACUCGAAAACCCCAAUAUGAGCAGCUGAAUUCAGCAGGACAAGGGAUAAUGAAGAGGCCAGGUGAACACCCACCUUCUCACGAAAUGGUGAAGCAGCAACUGGCCGCUGUGGCGCAGAAAUGGGAUGGCUUAACAGGACAGCUGAGUGACCGAUGCAACCGAAUCGACCAAGCCAUUCUCAAAAGCACAGAAUAUCAAAGCUGCCUGAAAAGCCUUUCUGAGAAGCUUAGUGUCUUGGAUGAUAAAUUCAACAGCAGCCUGGCUAUAAGUACAGACCCUGAUUCUGUAAAACGGCAACUGGAAGUGGCCAGAGAAGUGAAAGAAGAAAUUGAACGGGAAACGCCAAAGAGAAAAGCUGCUCAAGCUCUCUGCGAGGAAUUGUCCGCACUGGUAGCAGAAGAUUACUUGAAAGCUGAACUAGCUAGGCAAUUGGAUGGCAUCUUAAAACCCUUUCAUGAUAUGGAACAAAAAGCAGGCAAUCACAUCGAGCAACUUCAGUCAACUUACGUUAGUUCUAAUCAGUUCCAGCAAAUGUCUAAGGACUUUCAGGCCUGGUUGGACAAGAAGAAGGAAGAACAGAAUCAGCCUUGUCCCAUCUCUACCAAGCUGGAGUCUCUGUGGACAUUAAUUGAUGGUCAGAAAGAGUUCAAGGCUGCCUUGUCUGACCAGACUGGUUCUUAUGAGAAACUCAUCGCAGAAGGUGAAAGUCUACUCCAGAAGACUCAGGGAGCGGAGAAGGCUGAGCUGCAGGCCCAACUGAACUUGCUCAGAGGUAACUGGGAUGAAAUGAACAAGCAAGUUAAAGAAAGGCAAGAUAAAUUAAAUGAUUGUUUGGAAAAAGCCCUUAGAUACAGAGAGCAUGUAGAAAACCUACAACCCUGGAUAGCGAAAUGCCAAAGCAAUAUCUCUCAAAUAGAAAUGAGCAUAGAUCCUGUUCGGCUAGAGAAUUCCAUCGCUCAGGUGAAGACCUGGCAGAAGGACCUAGACAAACACCAAGGGUUGGUGGAGCUAUUAAGUAAUGCAGCUGAGACAUUACUCAGUGCCUGUCAGACAGACAAAGACAUUAUUGAAGAGGAGAAGACACUGCUGAUCCAGAACAUGGAUAUAGUCACAGAGCAACUGCAUGCUAAGAGAGAUGGCCUGGAAAAGAUGUCUCAGAGACUGAAAGAGUUUCAAGAGUCAUCAAAGGAUGUUGAAGAGCAGCUGAAGAAUGCCAGAGAACAGCUGGAAACACACGAUUCUCUCAAACCCCAGACUUACAGUAACAAACACUUGACGAUUAUGCAGACGCAGCAGAAGACACUCCAGACCGUGAAGGCUCAAGUGGACCUGACAAAAAAGCUUGCCCAAGAACUGGUGGCAGAUGCUUCAGAUUCAUCAGGUGUCUCUGACCUCUUGUUGCAGGCAGAAACAUUAGAAGAAGAAUUCAGCACCAUCAGUCAGCAGGUUGAUGAUAAAUGUUCAUUCCUGGAGACUAAACUCCAGGGAAUUGGCCAUUUCCAAAACAGCAUCCGAGAGAUGUUUUCUCAGUUUGCAGAGUUCGACGAUGAAUUGGACAGCAUGGAUUCUGUGGGUAGGGAUCUUGUCACACUGCAGUCACAGCGAAAGGAUAUAAAAACUUUCCUGAAAAAGUUGGAGGAACUCAUAACCAGUAAUGAAAAUGCAAAUAAUACCUGCAAAAUGAUGCUAGCAAAUGAAGCUGAAGCGUCUCCAGAUCUUGCAGGUAUAAAAAGGGACUUGGAGGCUUUAAAUAAGCAGUGCAACAAGUUGCUAGAUAGAGCAAAAGCCAGAGAUGAACAGAUUGAAGGGAUUAUUAGCCGCGUUGAAGAGUUCUACAGUAAACUAAAGGGGUUUUCUAAACUGCUCGGGGAAGUUGAAGAGCAUGAAGAGUCCCAGGGUUCUGUUGGAAUGGAAAUUGAGAUGAUAAAUCAGCAGCUGAACGUAUUUAAGGUGUUCGAGAAGGAAAAGAUUGAACCACUGCAGGUUAAGCAACAGGAGGUAAAUUGGUUGGGUCAAGGCCUUAUUCAGAGUGCUGCUAAAAAUGCUAGUACUGAUAACCUUGAGCGUGAUCUUGAGGAUGUUAACACAAGAUGGAAAACUCUCAACAAAAAGGUUGCUCAAAGAGCAGCCCAGUUGCAAGAGGCACUGCUCCACUGUGGGAGGUUUCAAGAUGCUGUCGAAUCUAUCCUUAGUUGGCUUAUUGACACAGAAGACCUUGUGGCUAAUCAGAAGCCUCCAUCUGCUGAGUUCAAAGUUGUGAAGGCCCAAAUACAGGAACAGAAACUUCUCCAGAGAUUGCUGGAUGACCGCAGACCCACUGUUGAACUAAUCAAGCGUGAAGGGGAGAAAAUUGCAGAGUCAGCAGAGCCCGCUGAUAAAGAGAAGAUCUUGAAACAGCUGAGCCUCCUGGAUAGCAGAUGGGAUGCCCUGCUUGACAAAGCAGAAACAAGGAAUCGUCAGUUGGAAGGUAUCUCAGCUGUAGCACAGCAAUUCCAUGAAACUUUAGAACCACUGGUUGAGUGGCUAACCAUCACUGAAAAGAGGCUUUCAAAUUCAGAACCCAUUGGAACACAGGCUUCCAAACUACAACAGCAGAUUUCUCAACAUAAAGCCUUUGAGGAAGACAUCGCCACUCGCAACAAAAAUUUGCAGCAAGCUAUUAAUAUUGGUCAGGCUUUAAAGGCAUUGAGCUCCAAGGAAGAUAAGGAAAUGGUGCAGGAGAAACUAUAUUCUUCAGAAGCCCAAUACACUGAGAUUCGAGAGAAAAGUGGCAGUAGGGCUCAGCUUCUACAGCAAGCCUAUUGCAAUGCUCAAAUUUUUGGAGAAGAUGAAGUUGAAUUGAUGAAUUGGCUGAAUGAAGUUCAUGAGAAACUGAGCAAACUGGCAGUCCAAGACUACAAUACUGACUUGCUUGUGAAACAACAAACUGAAAUGCUGGCUCUCCAAGAAGAGAUUCUCCUCAGAAAGCAAAAUGUUGAUCAGGCUAUACAAAAUGGUUUGGAGCUUCUCAAACAAACAACAGGUGAUGAAGUUGUCAUAAUUCAAGAUAAAUUGGAAGGCAUUAAAACAAGGUACAAGGACAUAACUAAGCUGAGUUCUGAUGUGUCCAAGACUUUAGAACAGGCUCUACAGCUUUCCGGUCAGCUGCAGUCAGCUCAUGAGAAACUCUGCACUUGGCUGGAUAAAGUUGAGGUGGAAUUACAGUUGUACGAAGCGCAGGUCCCCAAAGGUGAAGAGUUAAGUCAAGCACAAGAAAGACAAAAGGCACUGAAAAAAGAAGCAAAAGACAAUAAAUGCUUACUGGACACUCUUAACGAAGUCAGCAGUGCUUUGCUUGAACUGGUGCCAUGGAGAGCAAGGGAAGGGAUAGACAAAAUGAUCACAGAAGACAACGAACGGUACAGAUUAGUGAACGACACUAUAACUCAGAAAGUGGAAGAAAUUGAUGCUGCCAUUUUCAGAUCGCAGCAGUUUGAUCAAGCAGCCGGCACUGAGUUAGCCUGGGUUGAGGAGACUGAAAUUAAACUGAUGUCUCUGGGUGACAUUAGGCUUGAACGUGACCAGACCAUUGCUCAGCUACAAGUUCAAAAGGCAUUUACCAUGGAGAUUUUGAAACACAAGGAUACAAUAGAAGAGCUUGUUGCAUCUGGGGAUGAGAUUAUGAAGACAUGCACGGAAGAGGACAAACAAACCAUGAAGAAGAAGCUGGAAAACCUCUUGCAGAAGUAUAAUACACUCUGUCAAAUGAACUCUAAGAGGAACCUGCAGCUCGAAAGAGCUCAGUCUCUCGCCAGUCAGUUCUGGGAGACUUAUGAAGAGAUUUGGCCAUGGCUAACGGAAACAAAAACAGUAAUAUCACAGCUUCCAGCACCAGCCCUUGAAUAUGAAACUCUGAAGCAACAACAAGAAGAGCACCGGCAACUGCGAGAGUUGAUUGCUGAACACAAGCCUCAUAUAGAUAAGAUGAAUAAAACUGGACCUCAGCUUCUGGAGCUGAGCCCACGAGAAGGAUUUUCAAUCCAAGAGAAGUAUGUAGCAGCUGAUGCCCUUUAUAGUCGAAUUAAAGAAGAUGUCAAAAAGCGAGCGCAGGCACUGGACGAAGCUAUUUCUCAGUCUACCCAGUUCCAUGACAAGAUCGAUUCGACCACCGAGAGCCUAGAACGCAUUGUUGAACGUUUGAGGCAACCACCUUCCAUCUCAGCUGAGGUUGAGAAGAUUAAAGAACAGAUCGGUGAAAAUAAGAACGUGUCUGUCGACCUUGAAAAACUUCAGCCAGUCUAUGAAACCCUCAAGCAGCGUGGAGAGGAGAUGAUUGCCCGUUCAGAAGGCGCUGAUAAGGACAUAUCUGCUAAAGUGGUUCAGGAUAAGUUGGAUCAAAUGGUCUUUAUGUGGGAAGACAUCCAUACCCUGGCUGAGGAAAGGGAGGCCAAAUUGCUUGAUGCAAUGGAAUUAGCAGAGAAGUUCUGGUGUGAUCACAUGGCUCUCAUAGCCACUAUUAAGGAUACUCAGGAUUUUAUCAGAGAACUAGAAGGAGCUGGAAUUGAUCCUUCAGUGGUAAAGCAACAGCAAGAAGCAGCAGAGACUAUUAAAGAAGAGAUAGAUGGGUUACAAGAAGACUUAGAUGUAGUGGUAAGCCUUGGCUCUGAACUGAUAGCAGCAUGUGGAGAACCUGACAAACCAUUAGUCAACAAGAGCAUAGAUGAGCUAAAUUCUGCUUCGGAUGCUUUAAAUAAAGCAUGGAAAGAACGUGUUGACAAGCUUGAGGAAGCAAUGCAAGCGGCUGUUCAGUAUCAAGAUGGAUUGCAGGCCCUAUUUGACUGGGUGGAUAUCGCAGGCAGUAAAUUAGCUGUGAUGUCACCAGUUGGAACAGACCUAGAAACAGUAAAACAACAAACAGAAGAAAUGAAGCAAUUUAAGAAAGAAGCCUAUCAGCAGCAGAUUGAAAUGGAACGGCUGAACCACCAAGCAGAGCUGUUGUUGAAGAAGGUGACCGAGGAGAGUGAUAAGCACACCGUACAAGACCCCUUGUCUGAACUUAAGCUGUUGUGGGAAAGUCUGGAGGAUAAAAUUGUUAGCCGCCAGCAUAAGCUGGAAGGCGCUUUGUUGGCUUUGGGGCAGUUCCAACAUGCCCUGGAUGAGUUGCUCGCAUGGCUCACCCAUACAGAGGACCUGCUGAAUGAACAGAAACCUGUGGGUGGUGACCCCAAGGCUAUUGAAAUUGAGCUGGCUAAACAUCAUGUGCUGCAAAACGAUGUCUUGGCUCACCAGUCCACUGUGGAAACAGUUAAGAAAGCAGGAAAUGACCUUAUUCAGUCAAGUGCAGUUGAAGAAGCGAGCAAUCUGCAAAGCAAGCUGGAACUUCUGAAUCAGCGAUGGCAAAAUGUCUUGGAAAAAACGGAAAAGAGGAAGCUGCAGCUGGACAGUGCUUUGAUACAGGCCCAAGGUUUCCAUGGUGAAGUUGAAGAUCUGCAACAAUGGCUGACAGAAACGGAGCGUCAGCUUUUGGCAUCGAAACCAGUUGGUGGUUUACCAGAGACUGCAAGAGAACAGCUUAAUAUCCAUAUGGAACUCUGUGCUGCCUUUGAAGCUAAAGAAGAAACAUACAAGUGCCUGAUGCAAAAGGGCCUACAGAUGCUUGCAAGAUGCCUAGAGACUAUUGAAACAAAUGUUGAGCAGGACAUAAAUAAUCUUAAAGAGAAAUGGGAAUCGGUGGAAACAAAGCUGAGUGAAAGAAAAAUCAAACUGGAAGAAGCUCUCAAUUUGGCAAUGGAGUUCCACAACUCACUGCAGGACUUCAUCAACUGGCUUACUCAAGCUGAGCAAACCUUGACAGUAGCUUCUCGGCCAAGUCUUAUCUUGGAUACUGUCUUAUUUCAAAUUGAUGAACACAAGGUCUUUGCCAAUGAAGUGAAUGCCCACCGUGACCAGAUUAUUGAGCUGGACAAAACUGGAACACAUUUGAAAUACUUCAGCCAGAAACAGGACGUUGUCCUCAUUAAAAAUCUGCUGAUCAGUGUCCAGAGUAGAUGGGAAAAAGUAGUUCAGCGCUUAGUGGAAAGAGGAAGAGCUUUGGAUGAUGCAAGGAAGCGCGCCAAGCAGUUCCAUGAAGCCUGGAACAAACUCACUGAAUGGCUGGAUGAUUCAGAAAAGACUCUGGAUGCAGAGCUUGAAAUUGCAAAUGAUCCAGACAAAAUUAAGAUGCAGCUUGCCCAGCAUAAGGAGUUCCAGAAGGCUCUUGGAGCUAAACAUUCUGUGUAUGACACCACAAAUAGAAGUGGACGUGCUUUGAAAGAAAAAACUUCCCUAGCUGAUGACAAUCUGAAACUGGAUGAUAUGCUGAGCGAACUCAGAGACAAAUGGGAUACAGUAUGUGGGAAAUCUGUAGAAAGACAAAACAAACUGGAAGAAGCUCUGCUGUUUUCUGGGCAAUUUACUGAUGCUCUUCAAGCUCUCAUAGAUUGGCUGUACAAAGUGGAACCGCAGCUGGCCGAAGAUCAGCCUGUGCACGGAGACAUUGAUUUAGUGAUGAACUUAAUAGAUAAUCACAAGGCCUUCCAGAAAGAACUGGGAAAAAGGACAGGCAGCGUCCAGGCACUAAAACGCUCUGCUCGUGAACUGAUAGAAGGUAGCCGUGAUGAUUCCUCUUGGGUUAAGGUCCAAAUGCAGGAACUGGGCACUCGGUGGGAAACGGUGUGUGCAUUGUCCGUCUCCAAGCAAAUACGACUGGAACAAGCUCUCCACCAGGCGGAAGAAUUCCACUCAGUUGUGCAUGUUCUUCUGGAAUGGCUGGCUGAGGCUGAGCAGGCCCUUCGUUUCCAUGGCAAUCUCCCAGAUGAUGAAGAGUCUCUGCGUACUCUAAUAGAUCAGCAUCGGGAAUUCAUGCGAAAACUGGAAGAAAAAAAGGCUGAACUAACGAAAGCCACAGGUAUGGGAGAAGCCAUCCUGGCUAUCUGCCACCCAGACUCCAUCACUACCAUUAAGCACUGGAUAACAAUCAUCAGAGCAAGGUUUGAAGAGGUGUCAGCAUGGGCAAAGCAACAUCAGCAGAGAUUGGCAGGGGCCCUGGCUGCACUUAUCACUAAUCAAGAGCUGUUGGAAGCAUUAUUGACCUGGUUGCAGUGGGCAGAGACGACACUUAGUGAAAAAGAUAAGGAAGUCAUUCCUCAGGAGAUUGAUGAUGUUAAGGCACUCAUAGCUGAGCAUCAGACAUUCAUGGAGGAAAUGACCAGAAAACAGCCUGAUGUGGAUAAGGUUACUAAGACACAUAAAAGGAAAGCAGCUGACUCUGGUCCAAUUCAUUCUCAUAUUCCUGUACUGGAUAAAGGAAGAGGAGGAAGAAAGCGUUCCCCAACACCAAGCAUGUAUCCCUCAGGUGCACAGGCUCAGAUUGAAACCAAGAAUCCACGGGUGAACCUCUUGGUCAGCAAAUGGCAGCAAGUCUGGCUUCUGGCUCUGGAAAGAAGAAGGAAACUUAACGAUGCUUUAGACCGAUUAGAGGAGCUGAAAGAAUUUGCCAACUUUGAUUUUGAUAUUUGGCGGAAGAAGUAUAUGCGUUGGAUGAACCAUAAGAAAUCUCGAGUCAUGGACUUCUUUAGGAGGAUAGAUAAAGAUCAGGAUGGAAAGAUAACCAGACAGGAAUUUAUUGAUGGGAUUCUUUCUUCAAAAUUUCCUACUAGUCGAUUGGAAAUGAGUGCGGUAGCAGAUAUCUUUGACAGAGAUGGUGAUGGCUAUAUUGACUAUUACGAGUUUGUAGCAGCACUUCAUCCAAACAAAGAUGCAUACAAGCCUCUGACAGAUGCUGACAAAAUUGAAGAUGAGGUGACAAGGCAGGUAGCAAAAUGUAAAUGUGCAAAGCGAUUCCAAGUGGAGCAGAUUGGUGAUAACAAGUACAGAUUCUUCCUGGGAAAUCAGUUUGGUGACUCCCAGCAACUCCGUCUUGUCCGCAUUCUGCGGAGCACUGUUAUGGUUCGAGUUGGAGGCGGAUGGAUGGCACUUGAUGAGUUCUUAGUGAAAAAUGAUCCUUGCAGAGUUCAUCAUCAUGGGAGUAAAAUGUUACGUUCGGAAUCAAACUCUUCAAUUACCACUCAGCCUACUAUAGCUAAAGGGAGGACGAACAUGGAGCUACGUGAAAAAUUCAUUUUGGCAGAUGGAGCUAGCCAAAGCAUGGCUGCCUUCCGACAAAGGGGACGCAGAUCACGACCUUCUUCAAGGGGUGCUUCACCCAACAGAUCCAUGUCUGUGUCAAAUCCACCUGCUCAAGGAGCUCCAACAUCAGCUCUUGCUGCCAGCACACCCAAGACACCCCAUCAUUUAACACGCAACUAUGGUAAACCAUGGUUGAUAAACAGCAAAACAUCAUCUCCUUGUAAACCUCCAGAGUGCUCUGAAUAUCAAGUGUCAUCCACAGAGGGGACUCCAAUACAAGGGAGUAAACUUAGAUUGCCAGGAUAUCUGUCCGGGAAGGGUUUCCAUUCUGGAGAAGACAGCAGCCUCAUUUCAACAGCAGCUACAAGAGUCAGGGCACAUUUUGCAGACACGCCAAGAAAAACGCCAAGCAGACCUGGAAGUCGAGCAGGAAGCAAGGCUGGCAGCAGAGCAAGCAGCCGCCGGGGCAGUGACGCAUCUGAUUUUGACAUUUCAGAAAUUCAGUCUGUGUGCUCGGAUGUAUCGGAGACUGUUCAUACCCCAAUUAGGCCAACGCCCCGACCCAAUUCUCGCUCAGCAUCUGGCAAACCUUCCAAAAUUCCAACUCCACAAAGAAAGUUGCCGGCCAGCAAAUUAGACAAGUCCUCCAAGAGAUAGUGUGAUUGGCUCUGUCAAGACCUUCUUUUUCCUGUGCAUUAUUAAAUAUUUAAGUUUUUAAGAUGUAAAAUAUUCUGUAGAAAUUAUUGUGAAAUAUUACGAGAGUUGGAUUUUUAAUUUUGCAGAUGGCCUUAUUUGUGUAUUUGUCUUGUUUAUUUUAUGUGUAUGAUUUUUGUCAAAUUUUGUUUCAUUUAUGCCAUAUCAUAUGUGAAUAGGAGAAAGUUUUUUCCCCAAUGUAACUAACGGUUGUUUGCAGUAAUGUGUAGAGAGAUCACUAAAAGCAAUUACUGAAUGUACAAUUGUCUUUGCGUCCUAAGUCAACAAGGCCUGUCACUUCAUCAUUAGAUUAACAGUAAAGGAUACCUCAUAACUUUGUCUUAAUACAAAUGAAAAAGACAACAGUCAACAUUUUGAGCUAACACAGUGGACACGAAGAGGCAUGUGGCAGGGAUACUAAGAAACAGAAGACACAGUUCAUACUGCAGUUAAUCAAACAUUAUCCUACAGAGAAUUCACAGAGAGAGUUACUUAAAGAGCGCUUGCCAGUACUUCACUACUCCAAUAUUUUGCAGCAUUUUCUGUGCCAUUGCUUUAAAGGCCAGACACCAUCUGGAAUCUAGAAAUAUUACACUUGUAUCAGAAUGCCAGUAUAAUCUGCAUUCACAUCAGCGUGAGGUUUUCUUUUGCUUGAGUGGAUGAUAGCACUGUAUCAUUGGACUCAUUUUAUAUCAAAGCAGUUUUGCUUGCAGAAAGAAAAGGAAAAAAAUCUAUGAAAUAAAGCUUGUCCCUUCUC